AUGUCUUUCGCGACCUGGAAAGAUAAAAUGACAACCAGAGACAAAGCAUCACUCAUUAAUCGACUGCUCGUGCAAAAUGUAGAGCUUCGUAAACAGAUCGCGAGGUAUCGAAGCCAACUAGAAACCACUUUGAUUUCAGGGAAAAAAUGCUUGGAAAUCGAUGCGGAUAGCUACAUGGACCUGGACUUAUCACGGCACUCGGAUGAAAAUCAGGAUAUAGUCAAAGCUUCUGAAGGGUCGAGUGGUCAUGCGACUGAAUCUGAAGUCGCUGGUCAUGAAAAAUUGGCCGUAAUCACUUUGGGCACAUCAGCAUAUGUGAAAAUGGCCAGGAUCAUGGGGUUCUCCCAGCGCGAUGAUCAAGAAACAACGACAAACAUGCUGCUUGAAGCAAUUAUGGAAUGGAAUAUCGCGAAUGAGCACGAAACAUCUGGGCCAGAGCUCAUACUCGAUCACUUUGGCCUCAAGGCUGAGCCAUUCAACUUGACAUUAGUUCCUCAUUUUGCCGACCGCAGAGAAUUACCGUUCUUGCCCGUCAUGGCGACGGCCAACGCCAUCGUUAUUUCGGCGUGCACACCCAGGCUUCGUCGAUCUCGUUGUAUGCUUCGAGAGGAAUUGCCCAAAACCUGGCAACGAUACGAUUUGAAAGAGCCGACAAUAAAUCUGGCUCAAGGCUUCCGCAUUCCAAGUAUUAAGACCGAUCCACGAACGAUGCUCAGACUCAGGCCAAGCAUGACCGAUAUAUGCUUAUACGAAGGAGUGGAGAGCGUUUUGCAUGAUCACACAAAUCUCGAACUGGAUAAAGACUGUUUACAUAGCUACCCUGACCUUGUGGAAACUAUGCAGCAAAACGGUAGGGUACAUAUGGCUUCGGCGACAGACUUGAAUGAACCUGGUUGUUCACAGCAGUCUAAUAACGAACAACGUAUUCCCAGCCAUGAUGAUGGCGGAUCGACAGCAGACAAUUACAAUUGUAGAACAGAGACAAUGAUGGCCACUUCUCAACCAUUACCGAAUAACCCCUGCCAUGAAAUAAUGAGUUUCCCAUCUCCAGUCGAAGUGCACUCGGGAUAUGACCAGAUAUUCGAAGGAAUUCCUUUCGCAGGGCAGCCGGUCCAUGAAAAUCUUUUGGCACAGAUGGAGGGGCUUGGAGUCAAUGUCCACUUCCGCAAGACUUCCAUUUGUGGCUUACGUCAAGUUUGGUGGAGAAUUACUCGCUGUGAUUAA